CAGAGCGAGCGCAUUUGGUACAUCCACAUCCCUUACCCAAUGGCUUCGAAUAUCAUGAAGGGCUCCGGAGAGAUUCUUUGCGAAGGAGAGCUGGAGAAGCGAAGUGACAGCCUGUUCCAGCUGUGGAAGAAGAAGCGCGGCGUGCUCACCGAAGACCGCCUGAGCCUCUACUCCGGGAGCAGCGACCGCGUCAAAGAGCUGCGCUUCAGCUCCAUCCUCAAGGUGGACUGCGUGGAGCACACCAGCAAGUACGUGUACUUCACCAUCGUCACCACCAACUUCAAGGAGAUCGACUUCCGCUGCACCGGCAAGAGCUCCUGGAACGCGUUCAUCACCCUGGCGCUGAUCGACUACCAGAACCGCCGGGCGUUGGAAGGCUUCCGCCGCCACCGUUUUCAGCGCGUCGCGUCGGAAGAGCAGCCGGAAUCCGAAGAGCAGCGCGCCCUGAGUCCGUGAGACACACGGGACCAGUCGAGCCGGGAAGCAGCCCACGCGGCCGCGUCAAACAGGAUCCCAGGAGCCCAGCAGAUGCCCCGGGCGACGCCGCUGCUCCUCUCCGAAGAUUUUCCCGUACUUGCUGAGCCUCGCCCCGCUGUGCGGGGCGUGCUAACUUAUUGGACAGUAUUUAUUUUGAUGGUUGUCAACUGUCAAUCCACCGUCUUAAUAUUUCCGCCUUAAUAUUUUUUUAUACUGUAUU